GCAAGCGCAGUGCGGCCGCCGUUGCACAAACACCAUGAGGGGUGCGGAGCUCGAGCUGCUGCUCCUGGACCGAGUUUAAAGGAGAACGAAAACAAACGUCGCGCGGAGCCGAGCCGAAAAUAGCGGCGGAGCCGGUGCGGGCGUUUCUUCCGCUCCCCCCCCACCUCUGUUGGGGGGAGGGAAACACCGGGACCGAUGAACCUGGCCAGCCAGAGCGGGGAGGGCGGCAGCAGCCAGCUCCUGUUCGCCAACUUCAACCAGGACACCACGUCUCUUGCUGUUGGUACCAAAUCUGGUUACAAGUUUUUCUCACUAUCAUCAGUGGAUAAAUUGGAACAGAUUUAUGAAUGCACUGACACAGAAGAUGUUUGUAUUGUGGAACGGUUGUUUUCCAGCAGUCUAGUAGCUAUUGUGAGCCUUAAAGCACCCAGAAAGUUGAAGGUUUGUCACUUUAAGAAAGGAACAGAGAUCUGCAACUACAGUUAUUCUAAUACAAUCUUGGCAGUCAAGCUAAAUAGACAGAGAUUGAUAGUAUGCCUAGAAGAGAGUUUGUACAUUCACAACAUCCGAGAUAUGAAAGUACUGCAUACGAUCCGAGAAACUCCUCCAAACCCGACAGGGCUAUGUGCACUUUCCAUUAAUAAUGAUAAUUGCUAUCUUGCGUACCCUGGAAGUGCAACAAUUGGGGAGGUACAAGUCUUCGAUACUAUCAAUUUGAGAGCUGCUAAUAUGAUCCCAGCUCAUGACAGUCCACUUGCUGCUCUAGCAUUUGAUGCAAGUGGUAUGAAACUUGCGACAGCCUCUGAAAAGGGAACAGUCAUCAGAGUGUUCUCCAUUCCAGAGGGACAGAAACUCUUUGAAUUCCGAAGGGGAGUUAAGAGGUGUGUCAGUAUUUGUUCAUUAGCAUUCAGUAUGGAUGGAAUGUUCCUGUCUGCAUCCAGUAACACAGAAACAGUUCACAUCUUCAAACUGGAGACGCAAAAAGAGAAACCACAGGAGGAGCCAACCACGUGGACUGGUUAUUUUGGGAAGGUGCUCAUGGCUUCCACUAGUUACCUGCCUUCCCAGGUCACUGAGAUGUUCAAUCAAGGGAGGGCAUUUGCAACAGUUCGGCUGCCAUUCUCGGGGCAUAGAAAUAUUUGUGCGUUGGCAACAAUACAGAAGAUUCCGCGGUUACUGGUAGCAGCGGCAGAUGGUUAUCUCUACAUGUAUAACUUGGACCCACAAGAAGGGGGCGAGUGCACACUAAUGAAACAGCACAAGCUAGAUGGUAGUGUGGAAUCGGCCAAUGAGAUUCUGGAGCCUUCACCACACGACCGGCCAUUAGUGUCUCAGACGUACAGUUCACCUGCUGCCAAAGUUACUUAUACCCCUUCGUCGCCAACACGACAUGCCUAUCCAGAGGACCAAGGAGCAGUGGGUGGAGUUGAACCAGAUGAUGAUUUGAACAUUGGCACACUGCGAUUAGAUGAAGACAAUGAGACUCCUCCCUUGAUUCUUAAGAGCGAGUGACUUUUGACUUGUGAACUGGCACAUGUUGACAGAGUGAACACUUGCAAUUAACUGUAUUGUGAUGCUGCUACAGACUUUUAUCGUUGCAGGACAGAAAGUGAAGAAAAGUAUGAAAGGAAAAUUUUAAAUAAAAUUGUAGCUGUAGCUUAAUUCUUUAAUAUUGGGUAAGAAAUAUAUUGUUUUUCCCUCAGUGGCUUUUAAUUCCUGUAAAGAAUUAGAGUAAAUGUCUUUUUUUUUCUCUUUCUGGCCAAAACACGAUGUGCUGCCUGAUGCAGCCUGGAGCCUAUUCGCUUUGCAUGUAUACAUGUGCCAAGAGUUGAGAGUUUAGAAGCCACUAUAAUAUUGCCAGUCUAGUUGUUCUCCCACUGAAUUCAUCUUUCGUUACAUAAUGCAAAUGGAAAAAAAAAUUGCAGUACCUUGUUCCUCUAUCCUGAGCAAUAGGUUUCCAAAGAGUUGUAAGGUAGCAACCCCACCCAAUCCAGUUUCUUAAAAACAAUAAAACAUUCUUUCUGGCUUCCUGUAUUUGGAACUUCGUGGAAGUUUGUUGAGCUGCUGAAAUCAGACUAAUGUGAAGUUCUGGUCCUUAGAAUUUCAGUCUUUUGGGGCAAACUGAUCAUUUUUACAAAAAAAAACUUGCUCCAAAUAGGGAUGGUUCAUAGUGUGUGACAGCAAAAAUGAAUCACAACCUUAUCCUAAGGGUUUAAAUUUUGAGUGAAUAUUUGUAAUUUACUCUGAAAAUAAAAGCUGGUAUACCAUGUUUGUUGAAUUAUGUGGUUACAACAGUUUUUUUUUCUAGGGAAAUGAUAUUUAGGGCACUACUUCUUUCCUGCGUCUUGACCACCUUGCAUUUCUGCUGGCAUGUCUGUAAUUGCUGUAUGUCAGAUGGGGUGGGGUUGCUACUUUGUGCCUCAGAUUGGAGAAUGGUUUAGCAGUCUGACUUUGGAAUUUUUUUUUCUAUUGUCCAAAUGGACAAACUUCAGCAAGCCAGUAUCCAGCCAGUACCGAAAUCCACUUGUAGCCUCUGGCAAAGUGUUUCAGAAUUCUUACAAUGUAGCAAUCCUACAAUAAUGGUUUUUCGUUCAUCAGCGGCAGCAAUAAAGAAGCACAUUUCAAGUGCUGGUUGUUAAAAUGAGAUCAUUGAAAGGGACCAUGGAAUUGUUUUACUUUUUAGCUUUAAGUUAAAAUGUGAAGGUUUUGCUUAUAUUUAAUUAAGUUCAAUAGUUGGACAUGAUCUGGAAAGUUAAUUUGAGAAAGUUGCCAAGGAGAGGUAAUGGUUUGCUGGAAUUUGGCCAUUUCCACAACUAAAUGAUGCAGUAGAGACUAUUUUUUUUAACAUAGGUAUGAAAUGACUGGAUUGAGUCCAAAUUGUAAUGUUCGACUUACAAACCCCCUGGUCAUGAUAGACAUAAAUAACUCAUUUAUGAUUUGUUUCACCUGUGCCUAAUGUUCUGCAGAGCACAUCAUGUUUGGGAUUAGUAUGACCAAAAGCUAUUGAAAACUAGGUAUUAACACAAAAUGCCCACUGAUCAUCUAAGUGAUGAUAUAGGAGAGCCCUCCGUUAUCUUCUAGUAUUCACAGAUGCCUGUUGCUAAUAAGCAAUCAGCCUUAAAAAUUCUGCAGUGGUAAUUUAUUUGACAGUGGUAUUGAGGAAAUUGACUGCUACUUUGUUUAAACUCAUCUGCAGCUUUUUGGGCUGUUAUUAGCAAAUUCCUUAAGCUCCUAUCUGUGGCCAUACUUAAUAGAAGAGUGCACUUGAUAUUCUUAACACUUGUCCCAUCUGCUAUCCACUGUUACCCAGAGGGUCUCAUUGUGCUGGUAGGUGCCUUGCAUGCCCACUUUACAAUAUUGUAAUCCAAUAUGUACAAGGAUGUGAUUGGUGAUGCUAAAAUAUUUUAUUGUUUAGAUGUGUUGCUGAAAUGUUGCACCUUUUAUUGAACUUUGUUUAAAGAUUGACAGAACAAUGUGAAAAAUGCUUUCCAAUCAUUAGUAUUGCAGCAGAAUUAAUCUGUGCAUUGUAUUCUGUUCCCCAGCAACUGAAUAUGGGAUUUGUUGAAGCUCAUGUUUUUUGGAGGAGACUGUCUGAAAAUGUCCCAAAACUGCACCGAUGCUUGUGUGUUUUUAAGUCUGUACCCACAUUAACUGUCAUCAGCAACUGGGAUUUCUAGUUGUUACGGUACACUAAGAUGAUCAAACCUUGGAUAGUAAAGGGAGCCAAUAUCAAAUCGCUUGAUGCAGGGCAACAGGCCACAUCUGUUAGAUUUGAUGUGCUCAGUGAUAACAUUUCUUGAGCAAACUAAGAUUUCAUAUUUAUGAUAUUGAAGGAAUCCUUUUAAAGCUAGGCUUCAUCAGUGAGUGAAUAACUUAGCCGUUUGGACUGAAUGAGGUGCUUUCAGCUACGACUGUAUUAAAGCACAGAAGCUGGUCUGUGGGAGUCAGAGCUAGAGAAGGGAAACUUGAACCUGACUUUCUCCACUCCUGUUUGCUACCCCAAAAGCACUACUUUAAUAAAUGUGAGAUGAGAAUUGGGCUCAGCUCUGCAGUACCCUCCGCUGGUUCAAAACGGCUGACAAUCCACCGAAGUCCAGACUCUUGAGUAAAGAAUAGCUGUUUUGGAUUCUGUACCGCAACCUGUAUUCUGAGUCUGGGACAAGUGUAGGGUGGGAGGUGAACAAGCAGAAAGGAGGAGGUAGAAACAAUGGUGUAUCCUGUGAACUAACUAAAUUCUACAUUGAACAGAAAUGUAUUUUGUUUUAAUCCAACUUUUGGUACUGACAUUUUUGAUGUUUAGUGUAAACUGAAGUAUUUUUGCUUUCAAAGUAUGAUCCCAGAAUUAUGGUAUGCUUCUGACAUGUCAUUCCAGAUUAGUUCUGAAGUAUAUUGGUAUCCUCAAAGCUUACAUUUUAUGUUUUCUGAUGUAGCACUGUCCUUCUGAUAGCAAAAGUAUUUGUGGUGUAAACAUUUGUUUAAUAGUAUGAGGGUGUCAUUGUGUUGAGUAGAUUUUUAACUGUUGGGUUGUUGCCUAUCUAGGAAAUAUAAAUCGGGGAAGGUGAUCUAUCUCUCAUGGGACAUGUUCCUGAUUUGCUUCUCAUUUGACUCAAAUAAAAAAUUAGUGUUUUUUUUGCCAGUUUAAAAAUGAA